CUAUAUUAGAUAAUAAAUAAAUAUUUAAAUUUUUAUAAGUUAGUGGGUAAAAAUUGCCAUUAAACUAAACCUUUGGUGAGAAUAAGGUUUUGACUAUAAAAAAAAGAUAAGCACAUCAAAUUUGUAGGGGAAUGUUUGGCUGACAAAGGUUUAGAGGUAAGUUGAAAUAUUAAAAUUUAUUAUUUAAUUGUAAUGGCCUAACCUAACAAACAUGAUAGCCAACCUUAAAUUAUUUCAGAGCAGCAAAUGUUUGAUCCCUAACGUAUCAAAAUUAUGUCAACAGAAAUUUUCGAAGAAAAUUGCUAAUGAAGUAACUUUAUCGGUUGGCCGCCCAUUAAACCUACAGUUUAGGUGCUUCCAACAACAAAAACUGAAAACGACACCGUCUUUAUCCAGAAAAGCCGAAGCCGGCAAUUUCCGGAUCUAUCAACAGGAACUUUGCUUCUUCCACCAUCUUACCUCAUUACUGCAACACACCAACGCCAGUUAACCCAAAUUUUGUCUUCUGCUCACUUAUUUUCGUUUCUUUUUCAUCUCUAUCCCUGUCUCGUUCUAUUCGUUCGGUGCACUCACUUCUACGUCUCAUAGUUCUAUACUUCUAUUGUCGUCAUAUAUAAAUCUCCGCUUAUUUUCCACGUCAGCCGUCUACUCUCGUGAGUUGUUAUGAAUCUUUUGCUAAGUCUUCGUAUCUGGUAAGUUCGUCUGUUUGCUUGUUGGUUCUGAGGAUUUAUUUUCAACUGUUGAUUAAUCGUGGAAAAUUUACGCUGCUGUUGUAUUGAUUUUGUAAACUCAUGAUUAGUAUGGCGUAGAAUUGGCCAAUUUGAUGGAUAAUUCAGAAAUAUUGAUUGGCCCGAGAGGUCUGAUAAAGAGGCAUGAAUUUGUCAGAGUUAUAGUUCAAUGUUUAUAUUCAUUAGGCUGCAAGAAUUCGGCUUCUUGUUUGGAGUCUGAGUCUGGAAUAUUAUACAAAUCUGUGGAUUUUGAAAAGCUUGAACUGCAAAUACUUAAUGGGAAUUGGGAUGGUUGUAUUGAUACACUUAAUGCAAUUUCGGGUUUGAAUUUAAACGAUGAGGUGAGAGCUUCAGUGUUGUUUUUGGUAUUUAAACAAUGUCUUUUGGAGUAUUUAAAUCGUGGGGAGGAGUCAUUGGCUUUGGAUGUUUUAAGGAAAAAAGUUCCUUCAUUAAUUGUGAGCAAGGAGAAAGUUCACAACCUUGCUUCAAGUAUCGUUUGCUUGGAGGAGAAAGAGUUGGGCAAAAUUGAUGAAAAUGCUAUUUUUGAGUUCCGGAAGAGGUUGUUGGUGGAGUUGGAGAGAUUGCUUCCUCCACCCAUUGUGUUGCCUCAAAGAAGGCUGGAACAUCUUGUUGAAACUGCGGUUACAUCACAGAUUGAUUCAUGUUUGUAUCACAAUUCACCUGAUGCUGUUUCUUUGUAUGAGGAUCAUUGCUGUGGUAGAGAUCAGAUUCCCACGGAGACUGUUCAGAUAUUGAGUGAGCAUAAGAAUGAAGUUUGGUUUGUACAAUUUUCUAAUAAUGGGCAGUACUUAGCCUCUUCGUCGAGUGACUGCACAGCUAUUAUAUGGAAGGUGCUGGAAGAUGAUACACUGACAUUUAAACACACGCUCCGAAGCCAUGAAAACCCAGUUUCUUUUGUUGCAUGGAGUCCAGAUGACUCAAGUCUGCUUACAUGUGGUAAUGCAGAAGUUCUCAAGCUUUGGGAUGUGGAAACAGGUAUAUGCAAGCAUACAUUUGGAGAUCAUGGCUUCAUUGUAAGCUCUUGUGCUUGGUUUCCCGACUCAAAGCGACUUGUGUGUGGCAGUUCUGACCCUGAAAAGGGAAUCUUCAUGUGGGAUUGUGACGGGAACGAGAUUAAAGCAUGGAGGGGAAUGAGGAUGCCCAAGGUGCUGGAUCUUGCUGUGACACCAGAUGGAGAAAACCUUAUCAGCGUAUUAUCAGAUAAAGAUAUCCGGAUACUAAACUUGGGGACAAAUGCUGAGAGGGUGAUCUGUGAGGAGCACCGAAUUACAUCCCUUUCAAUAUCUGUAGAUAGUAAGUUCUUUAUUGUUAACUUAAACAGCCAAGAGAUCCAUUUGUGGGAUGUUGCUGGAAAUUGGGAAAAGCCACUAAAGUAUAAGGGCCACAAGCAAAACGAAUAUGUGAUACGGUCCUGCUUCGGUGGGUUGGAUAGUACAUAUAUUGCUAGCGGGAGUGAGAAUUCUCAGGUCUACAUCUGGAAUCGGCGGAGCUCUAAGCCAAUUGAAGUUUUAAUUGGUCAUUCGAUGACUGUAAAUUGUGUGAGCUGGAACCCUAAGAGGCUCCAGAUGUUGGCAUCAGCGAGUGAUGAUCAUACAAUCCGUAUCUGGGGUCCAAGCCUAUCCAAGAAGACACAGUCCGAAAGACUCAUUUGAGCAGAAGAGAUAUAAAUUUGAAGUCCUUUGUAUAGCUUUCCAUUGAUAUAGAUUCGUCAACUUAUGUCAGUGGCCUCUCCUAGUUGCCCUGGUCCAAUUUUGAAGCACGGUUCCAUUUGUAAAUUUCCAUUUCUUGCUGUUUUUCUCUUCUGUCUUGUUGCUGUCAAUCUUUAGGACCUAGUUUUGUUAGUAUAGCUGGGACUUACUGACAUUGGUCCAAGCGCUAUGCGCAGUCUUUGCCUUGUUAUCUUAGACAAUUACGCAUUUUAAGGUCGUGUAUUUAUACCAUAAAUGAAUUCAUCAUCCUGUAAAUUAAGUUUUUGUCUA